AUGCUCUCUGCUAGUGAUCAACUUUUUCAUUUGCAAAUUCUCGAUUUUGCCAUGCAAUAUGGUGACAGUAUAGCAUUGACAGAUUUACGUACUGGUGAUAAUUUGACAUUUGAUCAGCUACGAAAUAAAUCUUACAAUUUUGCUAAUAAUCUCAAACAAUUGGGUGCAAAAAAAGGUGAUAUAGUGAUUGUUUGCUUGGAAAAUUGUUAUCAGUAUCCAAUUAUCUUUUUGGGUAGUGCAUUAAUCGGUUGCUCAAUAUCAGGAAUUCAUCCGGAAUCCACCCAGUAUGAACUUGAAAAAGCUCUGAAAUUAACAAAUGCUAAAUAUUUGAUUGUAUCAUCUCAUAACUAUCAUAUUGCUAUCAAUUUUGCAUCACAAUGCGAGUUAAUAAUUUUGGACAAACAUUAUACUCAAUUUGGAAAAGAUUUUAAUUAUUUAAUCAAAGAAUGGAUGGAAAAUUUAAUUGAAUGCAAUGAAAAUGAUAUCACUUUGGAUGAUAUCCUACUAACACCUUUUAGUAGUGGCACAACUAAUUCAUUCAAAUGUGUUCAAUUAACUCAUCGUAAUUUUAAUAUUUCAACUGCUAUUCUUAAACAGGCUUUAUUUGAUAAGCUAUCAGGAAGUCAUCGACGUAUAACAAUUGGCACAUUACCAUUUUAUCAUGGUUCCGGAUUCUGGGCAUUAUGUUAUUGUCUACUGGAAGGACAUCAAACAAUUAUAAUGGAACAUUUUCAUCCGGCAGUACUGCUAAAUUGUAUUGAAAAAUAUAAAAUUGAUACAUUAAAUUUGGUACCAGCAAUACUGGAAAAUCUUUGUCAAGAUGAAAUUCAAAUUAAUCGUUGGAAUUUAUCAUCACUAAAAACCGUUUUAUGUGGUAGUGCUCCGCUGGGUAAAGAGCUAAGCAAACGUUUUCUGCAUAAAUUCCCUCAUGUAAUUAAUCUAAUUCAAGGUUAUGGUAUGACAGAGGUAGUAGUUCUAAGUCAUAUAACACCACUAAAUAUGCCAAACGAUGAUGAUAGUUAUUUGGGAAGUUGCGGGAAACUAUUACCCGGUUUUGAAGCUAUGUUAAUUGAUGAAGAAAGUGGUGCAGUGCAAAAGGAACCAUGGAAAUGUGGUGAACUUUUGCUACGAUCAGAAGCAAUUAUGAAAGGUUAUUUGAAUGAUAUUGAAGAAACCAAAAAAGUUAUUGAUAGCAACAGGUGGUUGCAUACAGGUGAUAUAAUGUAUUUUGAUUCGAACAAUUUUUAUUUUGUUGUUGAUCGAAAGAAAGAUUUAAUUAAGGUGAAUGGUAUGCAAGUAUCACCAACUGAAUUGGAGGAUAUUUUAAAAUGUCACAAGUGUGUCCGUGAUGCAGCUAUUGUAGGUAUACCGGAUAUGGAUCAUGGACAGAUUCCAAAAGCAUUUGUUGUGCUAAUGAACGAUGAAAUAGCAAACUUUCAAUCUGCUGAUCUUAUCAAAUACGUAAAUGAUCGAGUAGCGCCAUACAAGCAACUACGUGGUGGCAUACAAAUAGUACCUGAAUUACCAAAAACGCCAAAUGGUAAACUAUCACGAAAAGACUUACUAAAUAUUGAAUUUUAA